GAAUACCUCUGCGUUCAUUUUUCUUCAAGCUGACACCAUCCAAAGGAUCGUUUCUGACCACAUUUCGAAUGGGGAUAUAAUUCUUUAUUUUCUGCAAAAGGAGAAAGACAACAGAAACAGAACAAUGAGACGGCUGCUGUUAAUCUCUGUUCUCUCGCUGUGCUCAGUGCGCGGACAAAUCACCUACUCCAUUCCAGAAGAAAUGCCACAAGGUUCUUUUGUUGGUGAUAUUGCGCAGGAUUUCGGUUUAGAUGUGAAAAGACUCAAAUUGGGUAAAGCUCGUAUUUACACGACAGACCGAGCGGAAUACGUCGAGCUGAAUAAUGAAAAAGGAGUCCUCCUCGUCAAAGAGAGAAUAGACAGAGAGGCGAUCUGCGCGCAGACGACGCCCUGCGCUCUGCAUUUUCAGAUUAUUCUGGAGAAUCCGAUGGAAUUUUACAGCGUCACUGUCGAGGUUACAGACGUGAAUGACAACGCCCCGAUUUUCAAAAGAGGUGAGAUGAAAUUCAGAAUAAGCGAGUCAGCUAUUGCGGGAACAAUAUUUGCGCUUGAACAAGCAAUUGAUCUGGAUAUCGGCGUGAAUGGUCUUCAGAGUUAUUCGAUUCAACCAACUGACAAUUUUGUUUUGCGACUUCAAAAUCAAGCUGAUGGAACCAAUAUGGUAGAAAUGGUUUUACAGAAUGCUUUAGAUCGUGAAAAAAAGGAUCAUUUGUCUCUUGUGUUGACAGCAUUAGACGGUGGUGAACCGCAGCUCUCUAGAACCGUACAAAUAAAUGUAAACGUGUUAGAUGCAAAUGAUAAUCCCCCAGUUUUUACGCAGAAAUUGUACAAGACGACCUUAAAAGAAAACUCGCCAGUCGGAACGACAAUAAUAACAGUUAGUGCCUCUGACUUGGAUGAGGGAGGUCAUGGAAAUGUACAUUACGCAAUAUUAAACUCAAAAGAUGGCGCAUCUGAAAUAUUUGAUAUACACAAAGCAAAUGGGAAAAUUAUAUUAAUCGGGAGCACUGACUUUGAAAAGAAGCAGCAAUAUCAAAUACAUGUACAGGCCAGUGAUGAAGGAGGACUAACUGACUCCUGUAAAAUCAUAGUGGAAAUAAUCGACAUGAAUGACAACGUACCCACUAUAAAUGUCAUGUCAAAAUCAAGUGUAAUUAGAGAGGACAUUCAGCCCGCAACUGUUGUCACGAUGAUGAAUAUUCAAGACCCAGAUUCAGGUGAAAAUGGGAAAGUUCAGUGUUCUAUUAACGACAACAUUCCAUUUUCAAUUUCCACCACGUCAAAAAAAUUCUUCAGUAUUAUAACAGACAGUGAGUUAGACAGAGAGAGAUCCUCUGAGUAUAAUAUCACAGUGACCUGCUAUGAUGAGGGAGUGCCCUCCUUCUCCAGCAGCGUCACUCUGACCUUACAGAUCUCAGAUGUGAAUGAUAACGCGCCUGUCUUUGAGAAGAGCUCAUAUGAGGCCUACAUUGUAGAAAACAACACACCAGGCCUCUCUAUAUUCACAGUGAAAGCCACAGACGCUGACUGGAACCAGAACGCGCGUGUUUCUUACAUACUUGAGGACUCCUCUGUUAACGGAGUGUCCGUCUCCUCAUAUGUGUCAGUUAGUGCUGAUAGUGGAGUCAUCCACGCAGUGCGCUCUUUGGACUACGAGCAGAUCAAGGACUUCCAGUUUCGCGUCAAAGCGCAGGAUGGAGGCUCCCCUCCACUCAGUAGUAACGUGACUGUGAAAAUAAUGAUCCAGGACCAGAAUGACAACGCCCCUCAGGUUCUAUACCCAGUCCAGACUGGAGGCUCUGUGGUGGCUGAGAUGGUUCCUCGUUCAGCAGAUGUGGGCUAUCUGGUGACUAAAGUGGUGGCUGUUGAUGUGGACUCUGGUCAGAAUGCCUGGCUCUCCUAUAAACUGCAGAAAGCCACAGACAGGGCGCUGUUUGAAGUGGGUUUACAGAAUGGAGAAAUAAGAACUAUCCGCCAAGUCACUGAUAAAGAUGCUGUCAAACAAAGACUGACUGUGUUCGUGGAGGACAACGGGCAGCCCUCUCGUUCAGCUACAGUCAUUGUUAAUGUGGCGGUGGCGGACAGCUACCCUGAAGUGCUGUCGGAGUUCACUGACUUUACGCACGACAAGGAGUACAAUGACAACCUGACUUUUUACUUAGUGCGCUUGGCUGUAGUUUCCUUUCUCUUCAUCACGUGUUUAGUGGUUAUUAUAUCAGUGAAAAUCUACAGAUGGAGACAGUCUUGUAUCCUGUACCACUCCAGUCUCCCGGUGAUUCCAUAUUAUCCACCACGUUACUCAGACACUUUGGGGACAGGGACUAUGCCACACAUGUACAACUACGAGGUGUGCAGGACGACUGACUCCAGAAAGAGGAGUAACUGUAAGUUCGGCACAGCUGGUAGUCAGAACGUGCUGAUAAUGGACCCCAGUUCUCCAGGAACCAUGCAGCGGAUACAGAGUGAAAAGAACAUCCUGGAUGAACCAGACUCUCCUCUAGAGGUGAGUUAGCAAUUUAGUCA